GCUCCGGCUGCAGCGGCCGCGUCUCCCCCGGGCCCGGACACCUGCGCGCCAGGUGCCGCCCUCGCACCUGCUGCCCGGCCCGGCCCUAUUUAGGCGGGCCGUGGGGGCGGCCCCGGGCAGCCAUGGCGGACGAGGCGAUGGAGAGCUACCUGUACUCCGCCUACAGCCCCUACGCCUACCGCUACCCGGCGCCCAAGGGCAAGGGCGGCGCGGGCGGGUGGCGGGCGCGGGGCGGCGGCGGCUACGUGGCGGGCUACGCGGAGCCGACGGCGGCCGACUACUUCGACAACUACCAGCGCGCGCAGCUGCGGGCCAUCCUGGCGCAGGUGAGCCCGGGGCUGACCCCGCGCCUGCGCAAGGCCAACACCAGGGAGGUGGGCGUGCAGGUCAACCCGCGCCGCGACGCCGCCGUGCAGUGCUCGCUCGGCCCGCGCACGCUGCCCCCGCCCCCGCCGCGCCGCCGGCCCGAGCCCGAGCCCGAGCCCGAGCCCGAGCAGGAGCUGGGCAGCCCCGCCACGGCCGGCGGCCGCCCCGUGCGCUUCCCGCGCACCAUCGCCGUCUACUCGCCCGUGGCCUCGCGCCGCCUCCCUGCGCUGCUGCACGAGGCCGAAGCCGAGGCGGAGGCGCCGGCGGGGCCCGCGGGGCAGGGCGCCGAGGCCGAGCCCUCUGCCGAGACGGUGCGGGCGAGCUGGGAGCAGCCCCCCGACGGCGGCGGCGCCGAGCCCCGCGAGCAGGGCGGGGAGCCGGAGGGUGCAGAGCCGGAGCGGGAGCAGGAGCAGGAGCCGCCCGCGGCCGCCGUCCAGGAGCCCGCGCAGGGCAAGGCGCGGCUGCGCUUCCAGUUCUUGGAACAGAAGUACGGCUACUACCACUGCAAGGACUGCAACAUCCGCUGGGAGAGCGCCUACGUGUGGUGCGUGCAGGGCACCAGCAAGGUGUACUUCAGGCAGUUCUGCCGCACAUGCCAGAAGUCGUACAACCCUUACCGUGUGGAGGACAUCACCUGCCAGAGCUGCAAACAGACCAGAUGCACCUGCCCUGUGAAAAUGCGCCAUGUGGACCCUAAAAGGCCCCAUCGUCAAGAUCUCUGUGGGAGAUGCAAAGGCAAACGCCUCUCCUGUGAUAGUACAUUCAGUUUCAAAUACAUUAUUUGAGAAGGAUAUUUUUGUUUAAAGGCUUCUGAUCUAAUUUUGCAAAUAGAGCCAAGACUACUUUUUUUUGUUUUUGAAGGAAUAUAUGAAAUGGUGAAGUGUAGCUAGAAAAACCUGCAAAUAAAGGUAUUGCAAAGCACUCCUUAAAUGUCAAGGCAGGAUGAUGUUUAACUUGUGAAGUGGCAAAUGUUAAAAACAAUGUAGCGUUGUCUUGAAAAUGAGGCGGAUUGCCCAUGGAAGUACUACUUGUCUUGUGGGUGUUCAUGCUAACAAAGCCAACUACUUCCUAACAGCAGCUGAGCUUCUGGAAAAUCCUAAAGAAUUUAAAUUUUGUAGGCAGCCAUGCUUCUUUGGAUACCUACAGGGAGAUGUCUCUGAGGUCAGUUUUUAAGGUCUGGGCUUACUCAAAGCAACAGGUAUUGUGCGAGAACUAAAUAUUCAAGUGUCCUAGUAUAGCAUUACAUUUUAAGCUUUUCUAGAGUUGCUGCUUAUUGCAGAAACAACAGAUGAAUGAAAAGAUUUGCCUGUUCCCAAGUUACUAGUUCAAGUAAGGGUCAUCCUUUUAAAAACUAAACAAAACUAACUCCUCAGUUGGUCUGCCUGCCUUCAUAAGCUAGCUCUGAGGAUAAAAAAAAAAAAAAAAAAAUUAAAUUAGCUGUACAAGCAGCUAUCGCUAGCUAACAGGGAUAUAGGGGAUCACUAAAGCAAAUAGUUGCAGAGGGUAUUGAAGCACUAACUUUUUAGUACAUGCCAUCUUUAAGUUUAGUUCUCUCCAAAAUUAUGCAUGUCAAAGGAUGAAGGCUUCUGCUUUAAGUGUUGGCUAAAGACUUUCAGAAUCUAACUUGCAUGAUUUGGUCUGCUUUAAUGGUGAGUAUAGAUCAGUUUUUGUAACUGGAUAACUGCUAAACUUCUAUCUUCCUGGGGAAGUAGCUUGUUUGCUUCUAUUCUUGUCAGCUUACCAAGCCAUCUAGCUGAUAGAUGCUGAAUGGCUGAAAGUAUAGUUCUCAUGGCACUUAAACUCUGCAAAUCCACUGCACUAGCAAAUUCACUAAUGUAUAAAAUAAUAUUUCAAAAGUUACUAAAAAUUGCUAGCAAAUGUCUUCCCCCCCCCCCCUUUUUUUUUUUGUAGAUGGAUUAUGCAUCCAAUUUUAUCCAUCUACCUCUAACUAGAUUUAAUAAGAAGUUAUAAGGUACUUCCCCAGCUUCAGAUGAGACUUUUGGAGGGGGAGAAGAGAGAUUUUAUUUAAUGAACUUUAAAAACAUUCUUUAUGGUUCUGUAAGGCUGUCUAGUAUACACAGCUAAAGCUUCUUGCAUAACUUCUGGUGGCCCCCAAGCCCAUUCUUUAUUGCUAAUACAGAAACCUGCCUGUAUUCCUCCCUGUGACCCCCCCCUGUUAUCUGUGAGCAAAAAGCCUCAAACUACAUGUUUUCUGACGUGUGGCCUCUGUCACCUGGCACUGACAGAACAGUGCAGUAGUUGAAGCACAGGAGCGAGCAAGCAAACAGUGGUGAAACCAAGGAAUUGCUACCCUCAAAAUAUUGGCCUCAAGCUCUUACCAUUGCAAACUUCAGUGAUUCUGUAUAGGAAGCAGCAUGUAACUCUUGACACAUUACUCAACACUACUAAACACCAGGAGCAACUCUUGCAUCUACUUUGACUAGCUUCAGUAUUUAGCAAUUGUUACAAUUUGACACUUAAUGUGACUUGCCAGUCUGUCAUAGCUGCAGGGAGGAGAUUUUUAUAAUUUGCUAUGGAUGUUAAGUUUAAUUCAACAGCACUAGAUAGCAAGCUGCUUUUUUGGGAGGGGUGGGAUGCUGGAAAAAAGUUAAGUAAUGUGAUGUUUUUGGAAGAUGGAACGCAUCUUCUAGAUUUGGCUUAUAGAACCAAUUUAAUAGAUUAAUACUUUUGAAGUAGGGCCUGCCAGAGGUGAUGAGAGUAUUUCAUGUACCACAUGCAAGGGAAAGACUAGCAGGCACUUCUCAUGCUUGGGUUUUCCUAUUUGAAAUGCUGCAGGUAGAGGCGAACUAACUUGUAAUCAUGGCAGAUGUGGACCUAAAGGGUUUGCAUUUAAAGUUCAGUACAGAAUUAUCUUGUUAAGUUUCUUCCCCCCCUCCCCCCAGUUCAAAACAUUUUAGCUGUUUGUAUCAUAAAAAUAGCUCUUACUGCAGAGAGUAAGUAGAAAAAACUGUCCUUAUUCCUGUUUAAAGGAUAUAAUUGUAAGAUGGAAAGUGUUUUCACUUCACAGUGCAACAGAUAUUAAAAAUGGCAUUAUUCCCUCCUG